GAUCUGCAGCGACGCCGUAGCGACGCAGGCCGACAUGGAAGAGUAUUUGCGGAGGGUCCAGAGCAGGCUCGGGGGAGAUGCAUUGGAGGAUCCUAUCCAUGCUGUUUUAGGCGGACCGGAGCCAGAUGUUGACACUGUAGCCGCAACACUAUGCAUAGCACUGCACCUCAGCCAGAAGGAAACAGGUGCGGUGUGUGUGCCAGUGCUUUGGCGCCGGCGAUGUGACGCUGUGUUGCCCGAGGAGACGGUGAGGUACCUGCAGAGGGUGAAAAUUUGUGAGAGUUCACUGCUGUGGAGAGAGGAUGUAGACCUCAUGAAGCUUCAUCACACUGGAAAACUCUCACUGACACUGCUGCGAGAUGGACUGCUGGAUAGCUCUGAGUACCAGACCUUGGAGUCCAGCAUCCUGCGAGUAGUCCAUCACGACGGGCAGCAGGACGCAGGGGAUGAUCGGGCAUCGUCCGUGGUGACGAGAGUCGCCGGGGAGAUUCUUCAAGAAGCAGCAGAGCACGUCGGAGCAGCGCUGGGGGAGACUCUCGGAGAGGCGUUGCGGCUGCAAAGUGAAGCUCUGUGGAUCAAACAUGGCCGUCGGUCAGCACAACUGGAGGAGCUCAUGAGAUCCUUGGAGCAAUGGAGUGAUGUCACCGCAGGUCAACAUGACGAGGCGAAGCUACAAGACUUGGAGCAUCUGCUGACUCAGGAGCUGAAGGAGUUUUCUGAUGGAGAGAUGACCAUCGCACUCACUUCAGUGACCACAUAUCAGGAGGACUGGCAUAGUUAUGUGGAAGGGCUGAAAUCAUUCAGCCAUCGCCAUGGCUAUGAUGGUUUGGUGGUUCUCCUGUCCAUCAAUGAUACAGUUCAUCAUCCCCGCCAGCAGGUGGCUGUAUACUCAAACAGCACAGAUCUCCUAAAUCAGAUCUGCUGUGAGUUGGAAGAGUCUUCCAGCUGGUCUCUUUCUGGUGAACUGGAGGCCAGUGAGAGUCUCCAGAUCUACCACAUUCCUAUAAACACCUGCUUAACUUCUGGUACUCCUCCUCUGCUGGUAGAAGAAAUAAAGGGCAUCCUCAAGGACUUUGUUGACCGGCGGAGCUCUGUAUUGGCCUGCCACCCCAGCAGUAGGACCUCUUCCACGGAGGGAGUGGCAGGCAGUGUGGAGUUCUCCCAGGGAUCAUCUGGUAUCAAUGACAUGGAUGGCUCUGACAUCGAGAGAGCCGAGGGAGGCAGUGGAGAUGUGGUGCCAAUAGCGAGAGUGAUGGCAGAUGGUGGUGAAGAAGACACAGGCGGUGUAGGAGCUAGUGCUGGUGGGGAGCUUGUGAGCCCUGACAGUGGUAUGACCACCAUCCGCAGCAGCCGCUCCUCCAAGGAGAGUUCAGUGUUCCUCAGUGAUGAAAGCCCAGUCGGGGAAGUUAUAGCAGGAGGAGGGCCAACUGCAGGGCCAGGAGGACUCUUCCUGAGAAAUCCAUCUCCCCUGGGAGUGUCAUCCCUCUCCCCUCCUGUUCCACCUGAGAGGAGGAAGAACCGCUCUGGCAGAAAUAAGAGUGAAACCUUUGACUUGUUUAGUUUUGACCCACUACAUAGCAGUGACCAAUCUAUUCCCACAAGACUGGAAUUGGCUAAUUCCGGAGUAAAAGGAGAUGAAGUAGAAGCAAGAGCAGGGAGCUCUAGCUUAUCAGAACUUGAAGAGCUAAGCUUGCUGGAUUUCUCUGCUUCAUUGGGUGGGCUUGACAGUAGAAAUUCUUCAGUUGACCAUCAUGGUCAAAGCUAUGGGAAUGACAUGAUGGACACUGUGGUUCCUCCAACUCCAGUCAACAGCGUGGUAGGUAGCCGCCCACCCAGCAGUUGUGGGGUCAGGUUCUUCCCAGAAGAUGUAGUUGAAAGGAUUAAUGGCCUGCAGCACAAGGACAGCGUGUCAUCGUCAUUGUCAGAGACCUGGGAUGAACUUGGCUUUGAAACACAAGGAGCAAUGUCCUCAAGUGAUAAUAAUGCCUGGAAUAGGACCAAGGAAUCUGAGAGCCCACCUAAUAUUGUAGAGGAAGUUAGAGGGAAAGAGACAGUUGAUGAUAUGAAUGAACAAAAAAGCACAGAAGAGAUCUUAAAAUCGGAAAAUACCCACCAGAGGGGAAAGAGCCUUGAGCCCCAGCUUAGUCUGAUCACUGAGCAGACUGAAUCAUACAACACCUGGAACCCAGAUUCUGUAUGUAAGGAUAAUUGGAACCCCAUUAGUCUGGCUUGUCUGCAAUUGACACCACCGGAGGAGGAAGUAAUUGGAAAAUGUAGUGCUGGUAUCAUUGGAGUGAAGGAAAAAACAUCCUCAUUGUCGAGAAAGAAAGCAAUCCUAAAUACUUUAACGCCAGACAGAUCUAAAGAAGAUGAUGAAGGUGUACAAGGGAAAAAAGGAGACAGACAGAUUGAGCUCCUAGACUUCUGGACGUACUCAGCUCAGAAGGGAUUUCUCAAAUCAGAUAGCGUAACCAUCACAUCUUACCCUGAAUCACUAGAUUUGUGGAAUAUGACAAUCCGAGAAGACAGUCUAUCACCUCUCACGACCCCUGACAACUUGUCUGGAAACUCAGGUUCUUUCUGUGAGUUGAACCCCAAUGUUGAGCCUGCCGCAUCUGUUGAAAGUCCACAAGGAUUAUCUGAUGGUGGAAUGGUGAUGUGGAACACCACCAUACAGGAAGACAGCUCUUCCACAAUAACAAGCCCUGAAGGACCUGAAAAUGGAAAGGACCUUAGUCACAUGGGAUCAUUAGACACCAGUAAUUCUCUUGAGACACAGGUAGAAGAAGAAACUAUUGAAGAGGAGAGAGGUAUAAAUGAAGUACUUACUCCGACACCUGAAGAAGUGGGCUGGAGAGGUUAUGAACACAAUGUGAAAAUAGUCAUAGAGGCCGCAGAAGGUAGAACACAGGGUGAAGAAACGGGUGAUGAUGACAUCCAGAGUUUUCAGAGCUUGGCAUCUGAACAUUCAGAAGAGGAGUCUUCCCCCUACCAAGGCACUGACAUGUGGGACCUUUCGGUGCCUGGCAUGGUCACCUCUACUUCAGAAUAUGACAAUGUAGGAGCUAGCACUUGGAGCCUGACAUCCUCCCCUGAGACCUAUGUUAGCCAUGUGGUAGACAUGAUUCAGCUAGAGGAGCAGUCUAGCCCUUUUGUAGCUGUGACAAAACCUAUUCAAAUAGAUGAGAGGCACAAGCAACACCAGCAGGUUGAUACUCUGGAUGGUAGAGUUGUAGUUUCCGACAAAGAUCAGCCAACCAACCAGGUGUUCCUAUUUGAGGGAACUAGCGAGUUGGGCCACAUGAUCAGCAGUGGGGUAAGUUCAAUUGAGAGUAUGUACGACAAAAAAAGGGGAGAAGGAUCAGAAGAAGUUGAUUGGAUAGUGCAACACAGUGAUCAUUCCCCAUUUGUUCUGGUGGACAGCUCGACUGUAACUCAGACCACUUCAGCCAAUCAUUAUUCAAGUCCAGGAGAAGCUGCUGAUACUCAAAUACAGGCUGACCAAUCGUUAUCCCCAAGCCUUAUUGAGUGGGACAAUCCUGUUUCCAAGGAACAUGUUCUAUUGUUCCCAAUUGACCAAAAUGAAGAUGGGCCAGCCACUGGAUGCCAAGGUGGUCCUGACAAUGAGAGCAUGGGAAAUGUGGUGGGGAAAACAACAGAAACAUUGUCUCUAAGCUCCAGCUCUGGGGGGGAUAGAGACACACUGAAGCAUAGCCCCGACAGCCUUCACCCAGGUAGUCGAGACGAACUGAGGUCCAAUUCUGAUGGAGAUUCAUCAUCAGGCCUAGAAAUGGAUUACAUCAUUGUGUCUGGCACAGUAAAAGAAGCUGAGAGAGAAUGGCACGAUAGGCCGAAACAGGGUUGCAGGCAAUCAAAAGGUACAAGAAAGUCUAUGGAGACAUUUAGCAUGCUUUCCUAUGCGGCCACAGUUCUGCAAGCCCAGGCCCAAGCAAAUAGAGAGCACCAGGAGAACAACGAACAAAGUAAACAAAACCAAAUGAUUAGAGGUACUGAGCGCAAACUUACAGAACAAAGUCAAGCUGUCUCCUGCACUCAAUACCAAGCAAGUCUUGAUAAUGCCACUGGCCAUCACAUUGUGCCAGAAAUUAUAAGUCCCAGCCAAUCAAAAACUAACUCUGAAGCUUUUCAUCAGUCAGAUUCAAGACUAACAGGUUGCAAUCAAACACAGGUAGAAGAAGGCAACUAUGACGAUAAAUCAAGCAUUGUGGCCAGAAGUGUGUCUCCAUCAUUAAGAUAUCCAUCAGAUCACUUCCUGAAAACCAGAGAGGAAGUUUACGUCCAUUCACAGAUCUCAAUGGAAGAUUCAGACGAGGGUGGGCAGUCACCCUCUGCACCUCCACCAUGCCCUACUUCUUUGGGAGGCUUUCAAGUCUGGGGGGGUCAGUUAGCGAGACAGGAGGCACCGCAAACAACAUGUGAACCACAAUCUCCUUUACUUACCAACAGUUCGGUCUCACACACCAGCUCUUUGAUUGGAACCCCAUUAAGUGAACCUGGUAUUUCUACUGACAGAGGACUUGGAUUACCAUUUUCUGGAGAUUUGAUGGAAGAGGACAAUGAUGAGGAAGAGCAGCAGGAGAUAACUGAUGUAGAGUGCACGGCCCUGCCAAAAUUGACUACAGAAGUACACAGUGUGAGGGAAGAAAGACAACAGUUAGGAUCUUCUGAUCUGCUAAGCUUCACUGAAGAGCUUGUUGCAGGUUCUUCAUUUCAACAAACAGGUUUACAAAGACUUGAGCCUAAGAGGGACAGGUUCCUACAGAAUACAGUGGAGUACUAUAAUGGACAACCUAUACGGACGGAUGAUUGUGAUAAAUGGUUGACUGAACGACGGAUUGGAGAUCAUGAAUCUUCUCAAGAUAGCUAUUCACCUGUUUUACGACACUCCCAACAGGGAGACAGUGAAGCAGGGAUUAUGCUGAAGAUGGCCUCCAGUGAGGAGGCUGCUGAGGAGAUGGAUAACAGUGAAGAUCCGCCCUCCUCUGCUGAUCUGUCCGGCGGGUCCAAUCAGAGAAGAAAGUUGGCAGCCCCACCAAUGAAUGUGUCUCUGGACCGCAGUGAAGGGUCUCUUAACUCAGAAGAUGCCCUGGACACAGAGGACGAGGCCUUGGAUACUGGUGAUGACCUGGAUGUCAACAUAGAUGAGCUGGACACACCAGAUGAGGCUGACUUACUGGAGCUCAACAGAAACGGGGACUCAGAAGAGUCUAACAUGGGUGCAGGAGCAGCAUCAAGUGGUGCUAUUGCAGGACACAGAGCAGCUGAGGAGAGCAGGGAAAACAGGCUGUGGAGGAGCGUGGUGAUUGGAGAUCAGGAGCAUCGCAUUGAUAUGAAGUGCAUUGAGCCAUAUAAAAGAGUCAUUUCUCAUGGGGGUUAUUAUGCUGAACAGAAUGCCAUCAUCGUGUUUGCAGCAUGCUUCCUGCCAGACAGCGACUGUGACAAUUACAAUUAUGUAAUGGAAAACCUUUUUCUGUAUGUAAUAAGUACGUUAGAACUAAUGGUGGCAGAAGAUUACAUCAUUGUUUACCUGAAUGGCGCCACACCUCGCAGGAGGAUGCCCGGCUUCACCUGGAUGAAAAAGUGCUACCAAAUGAUAGACAGAAGACUGAAGAAAAAUCUUAAGAUGUUCAUCAUUGUCCAUCCUUCCUGGUUCAUACGGACUUUGCUGGGCAUCACCAGACCCUUCAUAAGCUCCAAGUUCAGCAGUAAGAUCAAGUAUGUGAACAGUCUGCAGGAGCUUGGAGAAAUCAUCCCAAUGGAGUAUGUCCACAUUCCACCCAGCAUUGUAAAGUAUGACGAGGAGAAGGGUAUACACAAAUUUGCAUGCAUGAGACUGGAUACAGAAUUGCAAGACACAUCAGCUAAAGCCGACAGGAAGGGGAACUCUUUUGUUUGACAGAUACAAGAUACGGGACUGCUGCCUAUCUUCUCCCUGCAUUGUGCUGUACCCUCCCGCAGUAUAUCUGAAUAUAAGCCAGUUUGUUGCAUGACGUGUACGGCACAUAGUUGUUACACCAACAACUAACAAUGGGUUGGAAAGGAAGAUUCUGUGGUACAACACAUCAGGCAGUUGCUUGUUCAUUUCAACAAAGUACUAACCUUAGGGUGCUGAACCUAAUACUGUAUUUACAAGGCAGAGACUGUCACUGUGCUGAAGGGAAAUUGCGUUAUCCUGUAUUACUGUACAUUACACAGAACUUGAUCGUGUUCCAUAUUCUGUAGCUUUUAUUUUCUUUGACCUAAUCUUUCAUUUGAACAAUACUUUGAUUCUUAUGUAAUUAACUUUGGAGAAAUUACCAACUGAUUUUUUUUAUUUCAUGUUUUGAUCCAUACUGUCAGUUGCCAUCUGUACCUUUUGUAAACCAUGGUAAUAAUAAGUGUGGAUUCUCUGAAGCUCAUGACGUUCACCUAAUAACCAAACACAUGCAAAGAUAAGUUGUAUUACAGCCCAUCUGCUCACAAAUAAACAUUUGUGCUGCCUGGACAAUUGGGAUGUUAUUGUACUGUGACUCUGUCUAUAGACUGUAAUGUUAAGGGAUACUCUAUUUAAACUGUACUGUACACGUCUGUUAUGUUUGUAAUGGCAUGAAACUGAGUGGCCAAACUGGUUUUGAAUAGUUUCCAAUGGUUUAGAUGGCUCCUGUGACGGUGGGUUUUUUACCUGAUACAAUCUAAAAGGCUGUCAUUUGGCUGUUCCACUAACACUGUACGUCACUGUGAAAAUACUUGCAAUCAUAUCAAGUUACAAAAUAGCAGUUAUCUACAAUGGCCCUGAGAGCUCUGCACACUGCAACUUAAGAAAACACAUGAAGAAAACACAAGCAAUUUAAGAAAACAUUCAUUGGAUAAACUCAUGCGCAGCAAAGUGAGAAAACACAACCAAAUACAGAAACAUGCAGCAAAGACAGAAAACCCAAACAAAUACCAAAGCAUACCGCAAAUACAGAAAACACAAUGCUAAUACAGAAACAUGCUGCAAAUAAAGAAGCAUACUGCACAUACAGAAAACACAAGCACAUACAGAAACAAGGGCUUUCUUUAUUUGCUUGUGUUUUCUUAAGUUGCAGUGCAUUGAGCUCCUGGGGCCACCAUAGUUAUCAGUAGCUGCAGUAAUGUGUUGCAUGCUUUCCGUUGCUAUAGUUUGAGAUUACUCUAAUGUGAUUACUCACCCAAAAGCAGAAUGUCUCAUUUUAGUCAUGGUUUAUGUUGGUUGUGUGUGUGUGUGUGUGUGUGUGUGUGUGUGUGUGUGUGUGUGUGUGUGUGUGUGUGUGUGUGUGUGUGUGUGUGCGUGUGUGUGUGUGUGUGCGUGUGCGUGUGAGAGAGAGAGAGAGAGAGAGAGAGAGAGAGAGAGAGGUUGUUGGUGAGUGAUGAAGGAGGUUAAGGUUUGCACACUGUUAUUUGCUUUUUCUUAAAUUUGUAAACAUUUGUUUGUGGCUUGCAAGGUAAUGCAAGGUAUUCAUUUGUUGUAAAAUAUGUCAAAUGUUUUACUUCAUUAAAGAUGUGUUCCUCUUUGA